CGAAUUCGUCGGAGAACGCUCUCUCGCGCUUUAAAAGCCGCAUACGCCCCGUUGGCUGGCAUCAGUUUUAGCUUGUCAGAGCUUCAGUGAAGAUCCCGCAGGACCCGAACCCCAAAACCAAUAAUCAAACAUGUCUCUUGAGCGUGCCGUUCGUGCCAAGAUUGCCGGCAAGCGCAAUCCCGAGAUGGACAAGGAGGCCCAGGAGUGGAUCGAGGCCAUCAUUGCCGAGAAGUUCCCCGCCGGCCAGGCCUACGAGGAUGUGCUCAAGGACGGUCAGGUGCUGUGCAAGCUGAUCAACGUGCUGUCGCCCAAUGCCGUGGCCAAGGUCAACUCCUCGGGCGGCCAGUUCAAGUUCAUGGAGAACAUCAACAACUUCCAGAAGGCGUUGAAGGAGUACGGUGUGCCCGACAUCGAUGUCUUCCAGACCGUCGAUCUGUACGAGAAGAAGGACAUUGCCAACGUCACCAACACCAUCUUCGCCCUCGGCCGUGCUACCUACAAGCACGCCGACUUCAAGGGUCCCUUCCUGGGCCCCAAGCCCGCCGACGAGUGCAAGCGCGAUUUCACCGACGAGCAGCUGAAGGCCGGCCAGACCAUCGUGGGUCUGCAGGCCGGUUCCAACAAGGGAGCCACCCAGGCUGGCCAGAACCUCGGCGCCGGCCGCAAGAUCCUGCUCGGCAAGUAAGCGCCAGGAUGGCCAGGAUGUCCGCACCCUUUUCUACACAUAUACAUACGUAUGCUAAGUGAACACACCCAUAUAAAUUUUGUAUGAUGAAAACAUGAAAACACAAUGGUAUUCCUCACCAAAGCAAUGCACAACACCCAAGAACACACUCACACAAAACAACACAUGAAAGCAACGCAAAGGCUUGUCGCCUUAUAUUAAGUAUACGCCUAAGUUAAUCUAUUUAUGAGUACAAUAAAGUAAUUCAAAAAUCCCA